CGCCCCUUGCAGUGCCAGCCGGGACAUGCGCACGCACAUGGACAUGCCUGGGCCAGCGCGCGCACAGCUAGUGGCAGGGCCUGUUCAUAUGCCAAUUAUAUGUCACAAAUAUCAGAUAGCAUGCUGAAAGGCGGCGCGUAAGGUGGUGGAUGGAUGGGCUCCGCACCGGCAGCCCGAUUGGCGUCGCCCGAGCUCGUCGCGCCUCGCUUACAAGCGAUAUAGCAUGCUAUUUAUCGUCAUUGGUCACAGGAACCAUCAGUAGAGGCACAGGAAGCGUGUAGAGCGGGAACCAAAAUUACUAGGCGCCCGGCAAAUAGGCCACUCAAUCGUGACCGUGACCUCAAGGAAAUGACCGACGAGUCUCCGCAGGCCAGCACCGGUGGCAGUAUAAUGCCUGAGGCGGAAGAGGAGAAUCCCAGCCCUGAGAUGCAGGGCCGGUCGCUGGCAGCCCCCAAACGGAGAGGCCUUGCAGCGGCCAUGGUGAACCAAGCCCGAGGCCGUUGGGGCCGGGCCAAGAACAUGCUGCUGGCUGCUUCCCGGGUACGGCGGUUGGCGCUGGCGGACAACGCUGACUUCACACGGGAGAACACACAGGCACUGGAUGCGGCCGUCAAGGGUCACAUCAACGUGGUCCUCAACGUGGAGCAGACGCGCGACCUGUCCUCCAUCAACUACGCUCAGCAGGGCAACGCGGCCAUGUACACGCCCGAGGUCAUGUCCAAGCGCCACUCCAACCGAACCGACACCAGUCUCAUUGAGGUGGUGCGCCACUGGUGGCGCUGGCUGCCCAAGGCCGAUCAGGAGGUCAUGGAGGUGGCGCCCGCAGCCCCGGACCUCGGGCGGUCCGCGGCGGUGCGGUUCGCGCACGACUCGCUUCCGCUGCCGGAGCCCACUGCUGCUGCCAAUGGCGGGGCGGACACGGCUGCUGAGGCCGGGAGCGUGGGCGCAGGGGCCGAGGGUGCAGGAGCCGAAGGCGGCAGCCGCACUCUGCAGUCGCGUAUGUCGAUCCACACCCGGCUGGACGGCGGCAGCGGCGGUGUGGCACUGGACAGUGGGGAGGCAUCAGCAGGAGGAGGUGGCGGGGGCACGGUGCUCAAGGUGGCAGCACUGGACAGGGCCAUAUACAGCGCCAUGGUGGUGGCCAUUACCAUGGUACUGCUGCCGCGCUUUGGACUGAAGGCUGACCCCGACUACGACCCCUCCGAGGACUGGCUGGACGACAACAAGGGCCUGCCGUACAUGGACUUCCCAAACUUCUUUGACGCCAUGUUUGAGCUGGCGGACAUGUGGGCCGAGGGCACGGACGUGCGGGAGUACGUGGAGCUGCUGCUGACCACGCUGCAUGAUGUUCAGAAGAUGGACGCGGCGGAUGGUACCUUCAGCCGCCUGCUCAAGAAGUUUGGAUACAAGUCGGCCUUCAGGCCGGCCCGCGAAUCCCUCUUCCCACCGGAGCCGCCGCCGCCACCCCCGCCACCGCCGCUGGAACCCAAGCGUGCCCCGUCCCCUCAGUCGGAGCCUUCUCGUCCCGCGCGGACCAUUCCGCAGCACUCGCCCAUCCGUACCGACCACGUGACCAGCCGCGUGGCCUCACACAUCCGCUCCUUCAGGUCGUUCAGGGAGCCGCGAUCACAGCAGGGCAGCGGCAACUGGGAAGGAUGGGACGCCGCGGCAGGGGCAGCAGCUGAUGCCGACGAGGGCGGUGAGAAUGCACAGGCAGGGGCCCAGCAGCAGCACCCGGACGCGCACAUGUUCAGCUACGGCGGUGGCAACCAUGGCGGUGGUUGCGGCCCGCUGCCAGGGAGUCCCCCGCCCGACUACGGCGGUGUGGGCGGCAGCGGCUACGGCGCGGCUGGUGCAGGCGGGCGCUGGUCGCCGCAGCGGCGAGGCCCCUUCGUGAUGCCUGCCCCAGCCAAGGUCGAUUACUCGGGCAUUCGCUCGACUCUGGCUGAGCUCACUGCGCCACCGCGCCGCCCCGACACGGCCACACUGGGCGAGUGGCGGCGGCUGCGGCAGCAGCGGCAGCAGCAGCGGCUCAUGAGCGCCCGGCUGGGAGGCAAGGAGCAAGGCGUGGGUGGCAUCCCCCUGGCGCUGAGGCAGGCGGAGGUGGCGGACCCCGGGGCAGCCGGCAGCGGCGCCGUGGGCGGCCCCGGUCGUGGUCCCGGCCCCGUGAUCCAUGCGUACGAGGAGUACAUGCAUGACAUGGCCGCCCGCUACCUGUCAACCCAGGAGGCACUGCUGGUGGCCACCAGUGCGGCGGCGGCGGCGGCGGCAGAGCAGGUGCUGGCGGCGGCGGGCUGGGCGCAGCAGGCGCAGCAGGAGGACUUUGAUGUCAGCAGUGUCUAUCCACAACGGCUAUGGGAUUCGGCUGACCUGGACUCAGCGGCCGCCGCGGCCGCAGCCUCCCAACAGGCUGUGAGCAGCCCCCGCCUGCCCGCCCUGUCCGCACCCGGCUCCGGGCAGGUGUGCUGGCCACCCAGGGCACCAGGCGCCGGCACCAUCGGCAGCUCGGGUGCCAGCCCUCAGGCCUCCCCCCGCGCUUCCGGGACCGUUCCCUCUGCCGGUACCACUGCAGCAGCCUCCGAUGCGGAUGCGGCGGCGAACCAGGCCACUGCCGUGUCUGACCCGGCCCUCGUCGCCUCCCCCAGCGGCUCCGCCGGCCUCACCUCCCGCGCCUCCCGCCUGGGCUCCCGCGCCCUGCUGUCCUGCGGCGCCUCCUCCCACUCCUUGCCCGCCACUCCGCGCGGCGGCGUAUCCAUCACCGUCGGGCCCGACGCCACAGCGGCGGGUGGCGCCGUCGGCACAGCCACACUGAUGCCGCCUCCGGCUCUGCCUCAGCUAUGGGGGCCGCCGCUGGACCCGCACGCCACGGUCGCUGCCAUCACAGGCCGGCCCGUGCCAGCCACCGAAGCAGCUGCGGCGGCAGCGGGGGCGAAUGGAGGAGCGGCUGCGGCGGCUGCGGCUCUGGCGGCGGAGGGCAGCAUUGCGAGUCUGGCGCCCAGCAGUCUGGCGCCAGGCGGCGCUAGUGGGGCGUCCACAGCCCGCUCACUGCUCAGUCGCCGCGGGCCACCUAAAGCCGAAGGCGAGCCGGCAGCAACCGCGCUCAUAGCACCUGCUGGUGGGGAGACCGAGGUGGAAAUGGCUGCCAAGAUGUCGGCCUUUGCGCCUCAGAUGGCGGGCAGCGACACGGGGGGCUUGGGCGUGGGCCACAUGGGUGUGGACGCCGCGGCCACCGCCGCACAGGCUGAGGUGGUGGUGGCGUUCGCGCAGGCAGCAUACCGCCUGGCAGACCCCAACGUCCACUCCCUGCUGCUGCCCUCUCGGGUGCAGCCCUCAGGUACGGGGCCGCACUUCCCUGUGCACACCGCUGGUGCACGCGGCUACAGCGGCCGCCGCAGCCCGCAGCGCGCCAUGUCGCCGCCCGGGAGCGCCGGUGUGGGCGCUGGCCGCCCCGGGAUCGGCCGGUCCUGCUGCGGGUCCAGCCGUGUGGGCCGGGCUGCAGCGUCAGAGGGCCGCGAGCGCUUCGCCGCCUACCUACAGGCGCCGGGGGCGGCGGCGGCAUCCGCGGCAGCAGCUGCCCGCACCGGCGGCAGUGCGGCGCGCGGCGAGGCAGGCUCAGGUGCUGACGGCUGGGGCUGGGCGCCCGGGUGCGACAGCGGCGGCCCUGACGCACCAACCGCUGCGGCCGCUGGUGAGGCUUGCUGGAGCUGCGGCGGAGUGGAGGUCGGGGCCAGGGGGCCCCAGCCGACUGACGGCUCCCUGUUCGGCGGCCCCGUCCACCUGCACCGCGCCGCCACCGCUGACCCUGGGUCGCUGUCUCGCCGCCCCGGCUCCAGCCCCACCCCGGACUACUGGUUCCGGCCGGGCCACGUGGCCGCCUCCUCCUCUGAGCGCGCCGCCACCACUGCUGCCGCGCUGCUGGGUGGCGCUGUCAGCCGCCGCCUGUGCUCCUUGGUGUCGACCUCGGCCAGCUGCGACCUGGGCAGUGCGGGGGCUGGGGCAGGUGGGGGACUGCCUGUGGGCCGCACUGCCUCGGGCUCCAACUGGUUCAGCGCGGUGCCGCAGCUGCGGCUGCCGGGCGCCAGCGGCGGCAGCGGCGCGGCCGGCAUUGCCACCGCGCCCUGCUCGCCGGGUCCAGGUGUGGCUUCAGGCCCGCUGCUGUCGCCGCACAGUGCCACCGCACCCAGCAACGCCAGUGGCUCUCCGGCGGCGCUGUCGCCCAGUGGCGCUGCUGGGACCGGAGCCGUGGCUGGGUGGGGCAGUCCCUCCGCCGCCGCCCAUCGCCGCCCAGGCAUGCUGGGCUCGCGCGCAGGCGGGGGCGGGGGGGUGUGGGGCUACGGAGGCGGACGUAUGUCAGCUCGCGGCGGCGGCACGGCUGCCAACGGCAGCGGCGGCGGUGUGGUGAUGCCACACGGCUCCAUGAGCAACAAGCUGCGCACCUUCUACACCACGGCGCCCAGCGGUGUGGUGACGCCGGACGGGCAUGUCAUGAUGCCGCCUGCCGGGUACACGGCUGUAGCAGGGGCAGCUGCGGAGGGGGCUGCGGUUGAGGACGGCGCUGAAGGCGGCGCCGAAAGCCAGGACGCCGCAGCGGCGCAGGGGCAUGGAACCGCGUCGGUGGACCGGCGGCAUCGCGGCGGGUCGGUACCGCCAAUGGCCGCAGCAGUGGCAGCCGCGGACGCCGGUAUCAACCGAGGUGCACUCCGGUCGCCACUGACCAUUCGCUCCUCCGAGCCUGUGGGAUUUUCUGACGCAGUCACUGCAGCGCGCCUCAAUGUGGCCAUCAUGGCGGACGAGCUGGCGGCGCGGCUGGCGGAUCAGCGCACGGUGGAGCGGCAGCAGCGCCUGGCGGUGGGCCUCAGCGCCGUCGGUGGCAUGAGGCAGGGCCCCGCAGCAGGGGCGGCGCGUGAGGCGGUGCAGAGCUCGUUUGGCGCCUUCAUGGCGGCGCGGGAGGCGACAGCAGCGGGGGCGGCAGACCCGGCUGAGGCCGGCGACGCAUAUGGUGAGGGUUAUGCAGCAGAGUAGGCAGGGGCUGUGGCAUGGCCUUACAAGUGGAUGUCUGUGGCUCGGACUGUGGAUUAAGCAUGUGCAUCGUUUAGGACUGCAGCCAGGCCCCAUGUGGCCCAGGGACUCCAACUGCGGAUGAGGCAGCGAACAGCGUACAAUGUGUGGCAGCACGAGGCUAGGCAAGCGGAGGCGGAGGCGCGUGAGUGCUUUGUGGUGACUCUUGGACAUUAGGAGUACCGACUGAUGCAUUUGAUGACAUCUGAAGCAUUUAUGGCUUGGUCGGUGCGCCAUGCAAAGGACAGCUUGCUGUCGAUCAAUCGUGGCUGUAGACCGCAGUGGUUGCCGGAGCAGGACUAUGUCAAUGGUGCUCAACGUGGCUGACGUCAUGGUGUCGCGGCCCACAUGAGGUCACUGUGGCCAAGAAUGCGGUGAUCACUUGGGCUGGCGGCAACUGGGGCUGAGCGGGCUGAGCGGCUUGGAUUGGAAGUGUGUCCUGGACGGGAUAGUGCAACCCACGAGCAUGUGUGCACCAAUACCUGUGCUUGUCUGCACUUCGGACUGAAGACGACACUCGUCAUACGGACGACUGAGGGGCCGUCAAGACUUGGUGAAGGCGGUUGCUUUGAAUUGUUUGCUGGGGGCCCUGGUGCGUAGAUACAUUGCAGUGGACUGUGUCGAGGGUUGAGUCUUCGGCCCAUGGGCCAUGGCAGCAUGUGCUUCUGUGCCCCAUCGGGCAGUACUAGGUCUUGCUUGUACUUGACGCGAUAGCAUCUCCAUCGUCCAUCCUUCAACUGUGUACGUGUGCCUGCUGGGGAAUGCAGGGAUAUGCGUUGUUUGCUUGCAGGUUUGGGACAGGUUUCGACGUAUGAGGAUCCCGCAUUUGCAUCACCGUGAUCGUGUGCAUGGACAGCUGCCGUUACAGCUUCAGGCUCGCUUGCCGCAGAUGUGGUGUAUGGUUGGAGGAGGGUGGAGAUGGAGUACUGAUCCCAGUUGCGCCCCAGACAUGCCAGCUGCAGACGUCUAACUUGCGAGGUGGAGGGUUUCAUGAAUUCAUGGCCCACACGGCAAAACAAGUGUGCUUGUGCAUAACCGUAUCAUGCGUGCGUAUUAUGGCCAAUUGCCAGCAGUUGCCUGGCAUGGUUGUGAGGUGCUGACAUCCUGGUGGCUCCUUGCGCGGCCUGGUGCUCCAGUCGGUGGCUUGGAAGCUGUAAGCCUGUAAGAAGCUCUUCGGGCACAGCCAGGGGCAAUGCAGGGCACUGCUGACUAUGGUGCAUUGACCUCAAAGCAUAGCCAGGUGACGAUUGCCUGGUCCGCCCAUCUUGCUAUGAAACUGUUAACAA